AUGAUAUAUCCUGUUAUCAUCCGCAAUAGCCCUCCAGAGUUGCAGCAAAUCUUCAAUGCCAAAGUGAAACCAGAGAUAGCUCGAAUACUGGCAGAGUAUAAUGUGCCCUUAUCUCUGUCACGCCUCGACGAUUGGCGUGAAAAUAGCCGUGACAGCCCGAGACAUACUAUUUUGAUCGAAUCGAAUGACGAACAUACCGCCAACUGGCAAGCGGCGUCAAGAUGCGUACUCUCGAUUUUCAACCAGGUACUCUCUCCUCAGUUUGCUGGCCAGACGCAGGUGGAAAUCCAAAACAAACACCGCAUGUAUUCCGAUGUUUCUCGUGUUCUACCCAAUGAUCUGCUUCUGCUCCACGAUAUGAGGUCCAUCAGGCCAGAUGUUUCCAAGAUUGUCCAUACUCGGAUGGUGGGUAUGUCAUCCAUUGCAUACCAUUUGCGCGCCCCUCGAGGAUCGAACUUGGAUGAGGCCCUUUGGAAACCUACCAUUGUGGUGUUCUGCUAUCCUGAAACGUCCUGCGAUUUUAAAACGGCGGAGGCGGAGAUUCUCCAAGUCUUAGAGAAAGUGCCCUCUCGCAUUUACGUCGAAUUUCUUCCGGGACAAGUUCAUCUCUCUCAGCCCAAUGAAUUGCCAAUACACCUGAGCGGGUUGUCUGAAUAUCCCGAGAAUGGCUCAUCCAUUGGAGUUAAAGGGAAUAGUAAGGAAGCUGCUUCUCUUGGUGGAUGGCUCCUGUUAAAUAUGCCUCAAGAGAAGCAGGCAAUCCCUUGUGCUCUGACUUGUUAUCAUGAUGUAAGGCCUACAGACAAUGCAACCUCCAUAUAUACAGAUAUGAACGGUGUUGUUCGUGGUGAUCCGCGCGGGCAGGUCGAAGUCGAAUACCCAGCAGCUUAUGACUCUCAAUAUACUAUGCGGCGACUUGAACGGAUAUAUAAAGAUUCUCCAGGUAAUAUUAGUAACGAUCAGACUUACCAGGCGCUCUUAUCUCGACUUCAAAGUCCCAGCAUUGGGAAUGUCAUAUUCGCUUCAGGUUACCAGCGAACCGCUAAAGAUACCAGGCUAGAUUGGGCGCUGGUUUCAAGCCCGAAGACUUAUACCGCAAAUAAGCCAACCCCAGGCGAUGCUAUCCAACCUCCUUUCGAACUUCCCUACAAUAAGGCCUACACUCAGAACGCCGACUCUAAAGUAAAGCGGUUUGCCCAGCUUCGUUUGGGGGAUUGGGUAACAAAACGCGGUCGUUCUACUGGGUAUACUACGGGGGAGGUCAAUCAUAUGCAUAGGGAAGUGCGGUGGCCAUCAGGCGAAACCACAUUUGAGAUUGAAAUCUUGUCUUAUACAGCGAAUUUCGCCGCUCCUGGAGACUCUGGUUCGUUUGUAACCAAUGUGCGCGGUGAACUUGUUGGAAUGGUGUCUGCGACUGAUCAUCGAGCAGGACAAUUCGACGUUACAUUCGUCACCCCUAUUGACGUUAUCCAAGAUGAUGUCAAAAGAAUGACAGGCGGUCUCUUAAGCUUGGACUAA